UCGCUCAAGCGAAUAAGAUUCAUCCACUAGAACCAGAAAACCUGAGACUUUUCGAGAAUGACAACAGUUACAUGACAAUCGUCUCCGGAAGUGGAAAACACAAGAAAAACAGAUCGGAAAGAAUAAAGAAAACGAAAUAAGAUCAGAAGCAAUAAGAAAGUGCCAAGAGAAACGAGAAUGACAGCUGUGAGGUAGAGAGGAUUUUUUUCCUCUCUACCAUCCACGCGAAUUAACCAAAAUCGACUGUCUAUCACUGGCGCAGAAGUGGGCUCCUUACCACAUCCAGCCUUCGAUGAUGGUGAGUGAAGAGGUUACUUUGAACGUCUAGGAAGCCGGAGCGAGGACAGGCGCCAGAGGGAGUCCGAGAGGCACGCGAGAAGAAGACAGCAGCAACUGGCAAAGAUGGCCGCAGCAUGCUACGAGCGGAAGGUAGGUGAGAUCCUGAUGGCCUGCAGCAAGCCCCCAACUCUCAUUCGCGACUACGGAAGGAUUCAACUAGGACGCGAAACCUUUCUCGGGGUAGUUGCGACCGCAGCGGCGCCUACGAAUUCGACGCCGGCGCUUGCCUCCCUGUCGCCGGUCGGCCUUUCGUCAACCGCCAGCGCGACCAUCCUCCCAGCAUCGGCGCCCGUCUACAAGGAUUAUUCACAGCCGCUCCACGUUGAUUGCAGCGUCGAAUACGAGCUGCCGAGUCAAGCGAAGCCACCCCCAGGUGGUGGCGAGCCCCUUCUUAUGAUUCACCCGUGCUACUACAGGCGGGCAGAACGCCAAAAACGCACACUCUUUGUCAAUAACUUGCCACCUCGGACAAGUACCUCCUCUUCCUCCUCUUCUUCGCGACGCAGUUCUGGCAGUAGGAGUAAGAAUCAGACAAUUUUAGGUAUCACGGGGAUGGUGGUGAAUCCAGUGAUGCCAGUAGCGACGGCUGCAGUCGCUGCUUCUACUCAACAGCAUCAGCAUCAGUCAUCGCUGUCAUCUUCGGCUUUGGCAUCAGUGUCAUCAUCGUCGUCGGUUAUGACUUCGAGCGCACCACUUCAUCCGGAAAAUGGUGCCGGUAACCUUUUACCUUCUCCAUCAUUGGCCUCUAUUGUUACUGCGAGUGAUGCACAGAAUGCACCGGCCAUCGUUGCCGCAGCUGCAGCAGCAACUUACCACGCGGCAUUGACUGCGGCUCUGGGUGCGCACCAGGCGGAAGUCAAACACCAACAGUACCCGAAACACCAGGCGACUACGGAACUCGACGAGAAGGUUCUGAGUGCACCCAGUCUCUAUCCCCAGUACUUCCAAAGGCAACAGCCGGCGCCAACGCAAACGCAGCAACAGACUCAACUUCAUCAUCGGCUGAACCAUCACACACAUCAGCAUCAUCAGACUAACCAUUCGCAUCCUCAUCAACAGUCAAACUCCCUGACCGCAUCAACAACAAUUCUUCAGCAGGCCUAUUCGAGCAAAACUCAGCAGCAACAGCAACAGCAACAACCACAGCAACAACCACAGCAACAGCAACAUCAGCAACAACAACAGCAACAUAAUCAAUUUCAGCAAACUCAAUCAACAUCGUACGGAAUGGCGAUGAUGAUUGCACCAACAUCCUCUCAAAGGCAUCAUCAUCAGCAGGCAGUUAUUGGCUCUACGGCGACACCAACGAUCCUCGGACAUCAUCCUUACCGCAGAACAACGAGUACUGCCUCUUCCCAACUGCGCUCCAACAUUAAGCACAGCUCCUCCUCAUCCUCUUCAUCCUCAUCAGCUUCCUCAACGUCUUCAACUUCGUCGGCCUCCUCGCUGACGACCUCGGCUUUGCCGACGGGCUCAGCCUCAUCAUACAUGGUCGCUGCCGCCGCCGCGACCAACAUGUCCAAUGUAUACACAAGCGCCAUACAUAGGCAUCAUCACCACCAUGCAAUCCACGCGCUACAGGCAACUCAUGGGGCCUUCUACGAGGCACCCGUAUAUCAUGCUCUUCUACCUCAAAGUUAAGGAUCGACGACGGUGGAAAGCAUCCAGUCAGCUGUUCCACGGAUGAGCUCCAUCGAUACUGUACUAUCAUUUUACAUACGCGAGGAACUUUACUUCACUCGUAUUUUGGCGGAUAUAAAUCUUCUGUAUGACGAAUGCGAUGGCAUUACGGAACACUGAAGUACAUAAUCAAUACAGUUGCCAACCCAUACAUGGAUAAAGCUCAACAGAAAAAUUUAAAAAUAACGAAGAGCAUAUGAUUUCGAUAAACAAUCAUUAUCAUUCUAGCCGAAAGAAUGUCAACGAUGAUGAUGGUGAUGCCGACA